AAAAAAAAAAACUAAAACCAACCGAGAUUCUCGCGCGCGGAGGGCGUCGCGACCGAAAAAGAAAAAUGAUGGAGGACCCGGCCCAAGUGCUGUUCACCGAGCUGCCGGUGCCGCUGCUGUCGACGGCCGCCCUGCUGCGGCACCACCACAACCGGUACCAGCCGUACCACCUGCCGCACCGCUUCCACAUACAGGAGUUCAUCGAGCGGCGGCCGCCCGUCCGCGAUCACCACCAACACCAACACCAAACGGAAAUCGAUGGUGAUGGAGACGGAGGCGGUUCGACGCACGUUUCGAGCCUCUAUCCGGAGAUAUUGGCGAUCAUCUUCGGACAUUUGGACGUGAGGGAUAAGGGCAAGGUGGCGCAGGUGUGUACGAGUUGGCGCGACGCGGCUUAUAGGAAGAGCGUGUGGCGCGGCGUCGAAGCUAAAUUGCAUUUGAGACGGGCGAAUCCGUCGUUGUUCGCUUCGUUGGUGCGCAGGGGGAUUAAAAGAGUGCAAGUGCUUAGUUUGAGGAGAUCUUUGCGGGAUGUGAUACAAGGCAUCCCGAACCUGGAAUCCCUAAACCUAAGCGGUUGCUACAACGUUGCCGACGUCGGUAUAUCGCACGCCUUCGUCUCCGAUUGCCCGUCGUUGACCCAACUCAAUUUGUCGUUGUGCAAACAGGUGACAGAUAAUUCGUUGAGUCGCAUCGCCCAAUAUUUGAAGAACUUGGAGGUGCUCGAAUUGGGCGGUUGUUGUAACGUCACCAAUACCGGGCUGGUGUUGAUCGCCUGGGGACUGAAGAAGUUGAAGAGACUGAAUUUGAGGAGUUGCUGGCACGUCAGCGAUCAGGGUAUCGGGCAUUUAGCGUUAGGGAAUCAAUCGUUGGAGUAUUUAGGACUCCAGGACUGCCAAAGACUGUCCGACGAGGCGCUGAAGCACGCCACCGGCCUCACCUCGUUGAAAUCCAUCAACCUAUCGUUUUGCAUCAGCAUCACCGACAGCGGCCUCAAACACCUCGCCAAGAUGUCGAACCUGCGCGAGCUCAACCUGCGCUCCUGCGACAACAUCUCCGACAUCGGCAUGGCCUAUUUGGCGGAAGGCGGAUCGCGAAUUUCCUCGUUGGAUGUUUCGUUUUGCGAUAAAAUCGGCGACCAAGCGCUCGCCCACAUCUCGCAAGGUUUGUUCAAUUUGAGGAGUCUGUCGUUGAGCGCCUGCCAAAUCAGCGACGACGGUUUGGCGAAGAUCGCCAGUACUUUGCACGAUUUGGAGACGUUGAAUAUAGGGCAGUGUAGCAGGGUGACCGAUAAAGGUUUGGCGAACGUCGCGGAAUCGUUGGUGAGAUUGAAGUGCAUCGAUUUGUACGGUUGCACGAGGAUAACGACUGUGGGUUUGGAGAAGGUGAUGAAGUUGCCGCAAUUGGGCGUGUUGAAUCUCGGAUUGUGGCACGUUAGGUGAAACGCGUUCCGGUGGUUUAGGUAGAUAUGAUUGAAAAAAAAUUAUUGAUUUUUUUUUUUUUUU